GAUUUUGGAAGUAGUUUUGUCGUUCCGGAUGACGAUGGAGGCUGGUUUGAUCGAGAAGAAGAAGAAAAAGAAGAGAGAUAACGUUGAGUCUGUGCGUAAAAUUAUCAAGAAGAAGAGAUAUAGGACGACGAUUCGCCAUCGCGAACCCUCAGUCCCAGUGGUGCUUCAGAAGCUCUUCAAUUCCUGCAGAGAUGUGUUCAAAGGCCCUGGCACAGUUCCUCCUCCUCAAGACGUGCAGAAUCUGCGUCAGAUACUCGAUUGUUUGAAGCCAGAAGAUGUUGGGUUAAGUAAGGAUCUCCUUUUCUUUAAGCCUGAUCAAAGUGUUAUAAAAGGGACUCCAAGAGUGAAAUAUACAACCAUAUACAAGUGCACAAAUUUCUCGCUCUGUAUUUUCUUUCUUCCACGUACUACAGUUAUCCCACUCCAUAACCACCCAGGGAUGACUGUCUUCAGCAAGCUUCUCUUAGGAUCAAUGCAUAUCAAAGCAUAUGAUUGGGUUGAUCCUGUCAAGUUUGAGAGUUAUUCCAUGCCCUCUUCAAACACGAGACUCGCGAGAUUGAAGGCCAACACGGUGUUCACAGCCCCUUGCAACACAUCUGUACUUUAUCCCACUUCUGGAGGAAAUAUUCAUGCUUUCAUGGCAGUUACACCGUGUGCAGUACUUGAUGUGCUUGGACCUCCUUAUUCAAAAGAAGAUGGGCGAGACUGCACAUACUAUAGGGAUAUGCCCUACUCUAGUGGGUCAGAUUGCAAUGUGGGGGAAUCCAAAGAGGGUGAAGGCAGUUAUGGAUGGUUGGAAGAGAUUGACAUGCCGAAGGACGUAAAGACGAUGGAAGGGGUUGAAUACUUGGGCCCACAGAUUAUUAAUAAUUUGUGA